GGAGUUGUUGGCUUGCACCUCAUCCUGUUUCAGUUGAAACUUGGCGCUGCGCAUGCGAUACUUCGUAUCUCCUUGAUAUUCUUACUCUCAAACAUAAACGAAUUCUUGACCGGCGCAAUCAUUUAGGCUUUUUUGUUCGACCGUAUUGUCCAUCCAUGCCUGUACCUCGAAUCUCUCAGAGUGCCGAAGCGGCUCGUUCUGCAGCACAACAGGCAGAGUUCAACGAGAAGAAAUGGGUUUGGGUUCCAGACGACAAAGAUGGGUAUCUUUCAGGUUGGGUGAAUAAAGAAGAUGGUGAGUUUGCCGAGAUCGUAAUGGCAGCUGGGGGAGAGAUUCGAAGAAUGCCUCUGUAUGCCUUGUCGAAAAUGAAUCCCCCAAAGUUCGAUCGCGUGGAAGAUAUUGCAGAUCUUACUUUUUUGAAUGAAGCGAGCGUCGUGCAUAACUUGAGAUUGAGGUAUGGCUCUGGCUCAAUAUAUACCUUUUCUGGCCUGUUCUUGGUCGCAAUCAACCCAUACCAGACUCUUCCUUUGUACUCUGACGCCAUAGUCCACCAGUACCGAAGUAAACGUCGAGACGAGAACCCACCUCAUAUCUUCGCGGUUGCGGAACGUGCAUGGGUCAACAUGGGCGACGAACGAGAGAAUCAGAGUAUUCUCAUAACGGGAGAAUCUGGCGCCGGUAAGACAGAGAGUACGAAGAAAGUCAUCCAAUAUCUUGCUGCUAUAGCGACUGAUGUACACCCAUCUGCCCCCUCUCAUUCUCGAUCUCCAACAGUUCCAGUACCCACUUCUUUCUCGACUAUGCCAGCGGCAGGUCUUCCUCGAAGCAAUUCUGCGAGAAAAACUCAUACCGCAACGCCUUCAAUGACUGGAAGCGGGUUUCUCAAUGCCAAAGGUCGCUUGGGCCUCUUGGAAAGGCAGAUUCUCCAAGCCAAUCCCAUCCUUGAAGCAUUCGGAAAUGCUCAAACGCAACGAAACAACAAUUCCAGUCGUUUCGGAAAAUUCGUGCGCAUUAUGUUUGCCCCAGACGGCAGCAUCGCUGGCGCCAACAUCGACUGGUAUCUUCUAGAGAAAAGUAGAGUCGUAGUCAGGAGUGAAGCUGAAAGGAGUUUCCAUGUUUUUUACCAGCUACUUGGAGCAGGAGAACAGUUGAAAGAAAAUUUACUUCUAGGGGGUGGAAUCGAAGACUACGAGUAUCUCAACAAGAGCAGGCGUGAGAUAGACGGCGUGGAUGAUAAACAGGAAUGGUCAGCAUUAUUAGGUGCUCUCGACGUAGUCGGAUUUUCCCCCACAGAGCAGUUUGACCUGUUCCGUAUCGUUGCGGCAAUCCUACACAUCGGAAACAUCGUCGUAUCCUCGACUCGCGCGGAUGACGCUAUAAUGUCCGAUCCUUCUCAGGCGGAACGUGUCUGUCAUCUUCUCGGCAUUCCCAUUUCAGAGUUCACUCGUGCCGUCCUACAACCUCGCGUCUUAGCUGGUCGAGAAUGGGUCUCCCAGGCUCGCACCAGGCAACAAGCGGUUGAUGAGCUCGGUGCUUUGUGCAAAACGCUAUACGAAAAAUCUUUUAGUUUUCUUGUGGACCGCAUCAAUCAAGCUCUCGAUCGGCCCUCUUCCAAAUCCACUUUUAUCGGAGUCCUUGACAUCGCGGGUUUCGAGAUUUUCGAGAUCAACACAUACGAACAGUUGCUUAUCAAUUACACGAACGAGAAACUGCAGCAAUUUUUCAAUCACCACAUGUUUGUAUUGGAGCAGGAAGAGUACAGUCGGGAGGGCAUUAAAUGGGACUAUGUCAACUUUGGCCUUGAUCUACAGCCGACGGUAGACCUGAUCGAGUCCAGUGGGAGUGUCAUUGGGAUCCUCAGUUGCUUAGAUGAGGAGUGCAUCAUGCCAAAAGCUACCGACCUUACAUUCACCCAUAAGCUACAUAACUUAUGGGCAGCCAACGGCGAUUCAGACGAUCAUCAUCCAGCUAGAGACAAGUACGAAGCAGCGCGGUUUGACCAAGGCUUUUUGAUUCAACAUUAUGCCGCCAAAGUUGAAUACAGAACAGAUGGGUGGCUCGAAAAAAAUAAAGAUCCCCUGAACGACAAUCUAACUCGAGUCCUUGCAUCGUCGUCGGAGCGCUACGUUUCCAGCCUCUUUUUUGAAUACGCCGAUGCUCCGAUUCCUCCAAAGGCAGGUUCUCAAGGCAAUCUUCACACUGUAGGAAGAAAGCGGGGUAUCAAGAGAGGCGCCUUCAGAACCGUGGGGCAGAGACAUAAGGAGCAGCUAGCCAGUCUUAUGGCACAGUUACAGGCCACCCAGCCUCACUUUGUGCGUUGCAUUAUCCCAAACGCUCAUAAGAAGCCCGGCCGCAUUGACGUCCCUCUAGUCCUUGAUCAACUCCGUUGUAACGGUGUACUGGAGGGAAUCAGGAUUGCUCGUCUUGGCUACCCCAAUCGUCUCCCCUUUGUGGAAUUCCGCCAGCGUUAUGAAGUUCUCACUCCUGGUAUCAUACCGCCAGGUUACAUGGAUGGAAGAGAAGCAUGUCGACGAAUGGUUUCCACUUUAGAGCUAGAUGAAGCCCUCUUCAAAAUCGGGACCUCAAAGAUUUUCUUCAAGGCCGGUGUACUAGCGGAGCUCGAGGAGCGUCGAGAUAACCUGCUUUACGAUAUGUUCUCCAGGCUACAAGCAGUUGCCAGGACGUGGACUGCAAGGCGACAGAUCAAGAAGAUCCUCAAUCGUGCCAUUGCUAUUCGCACAAUACAACGUAACGCUCGCGUUUAUGGUAGUCUGCGGGAUUGGCCAUGGUGGCAAUUAUACACUAAGGUGCGGCCGCUGCUAGCAGCCACUCGAAACGAUGAUGAGUUGCGAAGAAAAGAAGCGGAACUCGCACUCCAUAAGGAGAGAGCUGAGCGCGAUCGCCACGAGAAAGAGCAUUUGGAGAAAAUGAAGAUGUCUCUGGAAGCGGAGAAGCGGAAGGUUGAAGAUCAGCUCGAGGCAGAACGAAACCUCGCGUUGGAUAAAGAAGCCUUGUUGGAGCGUAGCAAGAAACGUGAGGCGGAGCUUGAGGAAGAAGCCUCCGAUCUUCAGGCAGACAUUGACGAUCUUCAAUCUCAAUUGGAACGUGCUAUGAAGAUGCACAAGGACAGUGAACAACAUCACAGUGAACUUCGUCGUAUGUUUGAUCAGGCCGCCGAACAUCUGGUCCGCUUAGAGAACGAACAGAAGGAGUGGACCACUCGAGAAACUGAAGCUGCCUAUGAACUAGCUGCCGCUACGCAAGAAAUCGAAGAACUCCAGAAUGACCUGGAUGCACUCACGAAAGUGAGUGAGGAGCUCAAGAGCCUUGCCAUACAGCGCGAAGAAGAUCUGCAGCGGUCUCGAGACAGAUCUGAUAUUCUCAUCAAAGAACUCGAAGGUAAACUCGACAUCGAAUCGAGCAGCAAGAACAUUUUCAAGGCGCGGUGCGAUGCCUUGGAGAACGAGGCUCGUCAAGUGAAAGAACAACUAUCUGAACUAGCCAGAACCACCACAGAUUAUUCUGGUAUGAUUCAAAAGAAGGAGGAGCGGAUUACGGAACUCGCCCAACAGCUUGAUGAAUUAAAUAUGGAGCAUCACAAUUCUGCGAAGGAAAUUCUCGAGUUGCGGAGCGAUAUAGACACGUUAUCCGCUGAGCUACAAGCUGAGAAAGACGACCGGUCCCUGGGCGAUUCGUUGCGUGCCAAACUCCGGGUGGAACUGGAUGAAUUAAGAGCACUUUUACAGGCAAAAUCAAGCGAAGAGACGCGUCGGAACGAAGUUGAGAAGAGCAAAGAAGUAGAGCUCGCAGGGCUUCGGUCGCAAGUGGCCAAGCUGGAGCAAGAGCUCACUGAUGCUCGACGAUCUGCACUCGAAAACCAAAGCAAACUGAAGCUCGAGCUGGAUUAUGCAACUCGAGAACUAUUGUCUCUGCAAGAAGCACAUGCGACGCUUGCUGAACGGGAGCGGGAUUACAAAUCUCUUGCUAAUCAAUCACAACAAAAUGUAACGGAACUCGAGAAGACCCAACGUUCUCUGGAAUCCGAGGUUCAAUCUCUCCGAUCACGUCAACAUGACACUGAGGCUGCUCUCGCAGACGCUCAAAAAGCGAAACAGGGCCUGGAACGGCAGCUUGCCGCUGCACAGAGCAAGUACCACGGUAUUGAAGACAUGAUGCUUCAGUUGGAGAGGGAGAAAGCUCAUAACGAUCGUCAGCUUGAAUCUACUCGGAAACAACUUGACGCAGAGUUGGUCCGCCGAAACCAACUCGAACAAAUCGUCUCUUCUCAGAAAUCCGAAUUGUCAAGAGUUAAAGAUCGGGGAGUGAAGUCCGAACGCGAACUGAAAAAGGCUCUAGACGACCUAAAGAAUCGUGAAUGGGAGAUAAAGCAACUGGAAUCCAAGCAGGACAAAACAAUUGUAGAACAUGUGCAUGUUUUGGAGGAGGCCAAGCGCGUCACUGACAGGCAAUUGCAUGAGGCUCAGAUUGAACUGCAAAAAAAUGCAGCAUACAUUCGCUCACUCGAGAAGGCCAAAGCACGUUUAGCCGGAGAGGCAGAGGACCUGAUUCGCGAAACCGAAAGGGAGCGCAUGGAGUUGCGAAACCAGGAAAAAGCGGUGAAGGCACAGGAGGAUCGUGUUGUUCGUGUGUUGGCAGAUAUAGAACGCGAGCGUUCCGCUAAAGUCGAUGCGGAAAUGGGAGAGCCGACCGAAUUAUCGGCUCGGCUUGACAAAGCUCAAAGUGAGGUAGCCUCUUUGAAGCGCCAACUACAGAAACGAAAACAAGAAGACGAGAUGUCUCUGUCGUCCACCCCCGCCGUGCAAGGCGAGAUGAAGACGUUGGUUGAUACUUUCAAAGUGAAAGAGCAAUCCUAUCGAGAAAGGCUUGAGGCAGCUGAAAUAGCUCGAGCGAAAGCCGCAAGAGCUGAAGCUUCAGUUCGUCGCACCGUAUCCGAACUGGAAAAAACGCAAAAUGACUCGCUUGCAAAACACAAGUUGCUUGAAGGCAAAUUUCAAACAGCCCAAACUCGUAUUCAAGAGCUAGAGCGUAAACUUGAGGACGGUGACCAUGAAUCCUCUGAUCUGGUUAUCUUCAACCAGAGACUUGCUGAAGAACUGGAGGAUGAGAAGAAGCAACAUCAGAAAGAUAUCGAGGCCAGUGCUUUCACGAGCGAUCAGACACGCAAGAAAUACCAAGCGGAGCUUGCCUCCUUGAGCGAAGAGCUGCAAUCGCAACGUGAUAGUCUGACACGCUUGCGGGAAGAGAACAGGAAGAUCCGUUCAGAUUACGAUGAGCUUCAGUUACGAUUCGACGACGAAGUAUAUAAUAGUGGCGGCUGGAGGAAAGAAAAGGAGCGUCUGGAGACUAAGAUUGGCGACAUAACCAAAGCCUAUGAGGUGUCCGUAGCAGCUCAAUCGGAACAACAGGCCCAGAUUGUUGCUCUCCAUUCACAAGUACGCGAGCUUCGGGGUGUGCUGGAUGAUGUGGAGGCGGAUCGUGCCUUGCUCCAGAAAGCUCGCCGCGCUUUACAAGCAGAACUCGACGGGAUUAAACUUGACCACAUUGACACUAACAAGAUGUCCUCUGAACAGGAAUUCCAAAAACUCUUGCUACAAAAACAAGAUCUAGAAAGAUUGUUGGAGGAACAGGAGGACCGUGUUACAAACGCUUUCGACCGAAUGAAGAAAGCGGAAGCAUAUGCAAAUGAGUGUCAAGUGGAGCUGGGCAAAGUGCGAGUGGACAACUCUGAAUUGGACAGGCUUAACGCCAACCUGGAAAAUCAAGUCAAAGAACUCCACGUCCGAGUGGUUGACUUAGAAACGAAGUCUUACGCUAAUUCGUCACGGCCAGGUACCCUUGCUAGACGGACAGAUAGCCGCAUCGAAGAAAUAACCAGUCAACUCAGUCAACAAUCAGGGAAUUCGCGUGUUCUACGUUCAGCAGAUCGGAUGUCUAGGGAUUUCAAGUUCCAACAAACAGAACUUGACAGACAGAGGUCAAAGAUGGAAGAAGAGAGGAGAACCUACGAGACCCAGAUUAUAAGUCUUAGGAACCAGCUGGACAAGAUGCAAACGGAUGACAACCUUCUCCAGUCCGCGAAACGGAGAGCAGAACGUGAAGCGACAGACUUCAAGCAGAAGGCAUUAAGCCUUGAGCGUGAACUAGAUCGUUUGAGGGGAAGAAUGGAUCGACCAUCGUCUGCAUUUGGAUCACCAUCAAGUUCGCCCCGCAAGUAGUAUCAAGACCUUUUCUGUAUCAUUUUUCUCCCUCGAUUGUGUACUUUUCGGACUUGAACUCACGAUUCAUUUGUAACGAAUAGAAAUGACAAAUAAGUUCACAAACCAUA